CUUUCUCAAGAAAUAUCCGCCCGCUAAGUUAUUAAGGCAAGCUCUCACCAGCAAGAGCGUCAGUGCAAAGCAAGAGCAUCAAGAAUUGCUUGGGUAGUCGAUUAAGAUGGACCCAUUGACGCUUAUUGGAGCUGGUGUAGGAGCAGUCUUAACAGUCGCUGCAGCUCCUGCUGUUCUAACAGCUGCAGGUUUCACCGGCGCAGGAAUUGCUGCAGGUUCUGUUGCCUCCUCUUUGAUGUCAGCUGCUGCUGUCGCUAACGGAGGAGGGAUUGCAGCUGGAUCCGUGGUUGCAACUCUUCAAGCUGCUGGUGCUGCUGGAAUCCCUUUGGUAGGUCAAGCCAUCGUGGGGACUGUGGGAGCCGUGGUGGGUGCCGCUGCCAGUAUGGCCAGCAACUCUACUCAGUGACCUGUUAAUUUUAUUGUAUCAGUAACUAGUGCUGUAUAUGAAUCUCUUUAUAUGUUUAUUAUCUCGUUGUCUGUCAUGGUGAUCAGAAUCUCUUAGAAUGUUUUGCUGUAUUUAGGUGUGUAUGAGAUCUUCUUUUAAUACACACCUGCGUUAAAGGUGCUGUUUAUAGCACUGACAAUACAAGAA